GUGUCCCGCACCUUAUCUUCCUUCCAGUGGUGUGCAGCGCACAGCAGAGGUCAUCCAAGCUCAGGCUCGUCUGAUGUCAUGCUAGCCGAGGAAGAGUCAAGCGUGUAUGCCGUGCUCAUUACUGCUUCUUUGCCAUUGCUCACCAUUGUAAAGAGGGACUAAACCGAAACAUACAGCACUUCAAGUUGCUGCUUAUUUAUUAUGUGUGAUUGUACUUCUGCCUGACCUGCAGUUGUUUACCCUACGUCUACAUUUCCUUACACCCUGCCUCUGCAAACCGACUGUCAAGGUCUUGUGACGCUUAUCGGUACGGUUGUAUAUCCUACUUCUACAUGUCUGCCUAUCGUUGUACAGUUGUGUAUGGGGAGCCUUGACGGCCUGCAUAAUCCCAACCGGUGCUUUACGACAACAACAACAAAAAAAAAAGACAAAAAGAAAGAAACUGUUCUCAUGCUAGCUUAGAGCCAAGAGAAUGGCACCCCUCCUCACUGCCCCUAAAUUCACCUCCUUCGUCUCACUGAUAUCUGGGCUUUCCUGCCCCUCUGUCUAGUGACAUGGUCUGGGAGAUGUGAUCGUCCUUCUCCAUCUCCCUGCUUUCACUGUACAGCUCAUAUCUGAAUCCAAAUUAUUCUUGCUGUCCUUCCAUUUUUGUUCCUUGAUCUAGAGACCUGGAGCCAUGGACUUCUUCGGUGUGCAGUCCUCUCAGGGACUUCCAACACAAAUGUGUAGCCCUGUCAAGGACUUCUAUUGUGGUAAAAUGUUAAGAGAACUUGAGGCAAUUUUGGUGAUUUCUGCAGUGAGUGGACCCAAGCAGAGUACGAACCGAUCAUGAGUUGCAGCUCCAUUCUCUUGCAGUCGCUUACCAAAGCAACUGCCGGUUGUCAUCACUGUUCAUCUGCUGCUGUCAGCUGUUCCGUCACCAUGGUAUUGCAGUUAUUUCAACUUAUUUGGUUAUUUGACGUAUCAAUAAACCAAAAAUUCUAAGCAUGAAUAGGAGGGUGGAGAGGCGGCAAUACCGACCCCGCCAUCAGCUUGCGCACGGUUCUCUGGAGCAUCAUGAGGGAGGGCCUGCAGGGGCCACUACUAUUGACACUGAUAGGAUAGCAGAUCUGGCAGCACAUCAUCAAUGCAUGCAUUUCUAAACGUCUUCCUCUCAGGUUCUUUCUCCGAUCAAAGCGAUCAUUACUGCCAGAGUCACAACCUCUUUCCCCCAAGAACCCCUCUCACAUGGGCUCAUCUCCCGAAUCCGUCUCUUCGUCUGGCUCCACUGCCCUCUCACCCUCUCUUUCCAUUUUGCCCAAAUUGUGUCCCUCUGGAGAAGCAGCACUGGGAGGAGCGUCGGGGAAGGAGAGGAGGAGGGAUUGUCAAACAUGUCGGAUAACAGGCAGGGAUAUCGUAGUGGUAUGGCAAGUGGUAAUGUGCGCCGGGGGUCAAGAAGAAGACAUGGAACAUGUAGUCUGCGCCAUCAGUCGAAUGGUCAUCCCAUCUUGGAGAUUGGUCUGUGGAGGAGAGGGGUAGAGGCAAAUUCACUCACAGGAGCUCAGAGGUGGGAAGGGGUUGGCAUAUCAGGUGGGGAGGUAAGCGUACUAAGCGGUAGUGGUGUCGAACUUUCAGUGGAAGGAAAGAUUCAGAAUGCUGAUGCCGUCUCGAUGAGUAAAAUUGCGAAUUCUGCGUUGCUCUUCAUUGCGAAAGUGAUUGUGAUUUUAGCGGCAAAAACAUUUGCUACGUCGGCAUGGCCAUACUUUAGAGUCCUGUCUCUUGCCAAUCUCAAAGUCCAGCCACUCGCAGUCCUUCUCCCUCCACCGGCGAAGGUGGCAGCAAAACCAUUUGCAAUGUUUAGCACACCUAUGCUUGUGCUGUCGCUUGCCGCUCCCGUUGUCCGCAGAUCUUUUCCAGAUCUGUGGCGUACACUUCGAUACUGGCGUAGAUUACUUCCAAUUUAUGGUGGCUACAUGAGGACUAAAUACGAGGCACGAAACAAGGUGCCCGAGAGGAGGGAGGAGUUGUGGGCUGAGAGGCAUGAGUGGGGUGGGGAGAAGGUGUAUCGACUUGUUCUCGAGAUGAGUGGCUUCUACGUGAAGUCGGCCCAAGUGCUUGCUUCGAAAGGUGAUUUCAUGCCCCAAGCGUGGACCAGGCGUCUGUCCACAUUAUUUGAUGAUGCUCCUCCCAGACCUUUUACGGAGGUUGCACGGUCGAUUGAACAUCAGCUGGAAGUCUGUGCUGAAGGAGAGGCAUUGCUGGCUUCAGGUCAGGGAAAGGGAUUAUUAGUUAAGGCUGUCUUUCGCGAGGUGGAAGAAACGGCACUUGCGUCCGCGUCGAUCGCCCAAGUCCAUCGUGCCAUCUUGAAGGAUGGAACGCCUGUCGUCGUGAAGAUCCAGCACCUUGGGAUGGACAUAGUCAUGCACUCGGACCUUCGAAACAUUGGCAGGGUCGCAAGGUUUCUGCGCAAGCAGCUUCCGUUCGAUUUGACCCCUGUUGUAAAGGAGAUUCAAACCACCAUUCCUCUGGAGUUUGACUUCUUACGGGAGGUUUCCUUUAUGAAUACCAUUGGUUCGAACCUGAAAAGGAACGGCGUGGUGGAUGUUGUCUGCCCUCGUCCCUGGAAGGAGCUGUGCGCGCCUCAAAUGAUUGUGAUGGAGCGAAUUGACGGGGUUCCAUUCACUCAAAUCAUCAAUCCGCAAUCGGGCCCACACCUCAGGGCGAAGGUCCCAAUUGCAGUGAAAGCUUUCACUCACCUAGUCGACGCCUAUGGCCUGAUGAUUUUCAUUGAUGGGGUAUUUCAUGCGGACCCCCAUCCUGGAAAUCUCCUUCUCCUUGAGGAUGGGAGGAUGGGUUUGCUGGAUUUUGGUCAGAGCAAGGUCCUGGACGAGCAGACGAGGAGGCAGUUAGCUCAAGUUGUUGUUGCGCUUGCCGACGGAGAUGUUGAUAGCAUUCUUGAAGCCGUGAACGAUGCUGGCAUGAUCUUCAAGAACAUCGACGGAGGCAUGCCUGACAAAGACGCGGUGGUGAAAAUGGCGUACAUAAUGUUCGACACGCGGUUCCUUGCGGAAGCAUUGGUAUCGCCAAUGUGCGAUGACCAUAUGGUUAGGAAAACACCUCUCGCAUCCUUCAAUCAGGCACUAUGGUUGGUCGUGCGCACACUCAUGAUAAUGAGGGGUCUGACGAACAUGCUGCAGGUUGACCUAUCAGCAGUCAACAUCUGGCAGCCUUAUGCGAAAGCUGUUCUGGAGGGGAAGGCCAAUCCCAUACCCCUCAACUUAACAUAAUCAGUAUGCCUGUCUGCUCUGUAUGGGUUCUUGGAGCGUACCAAGGGAGGAGAAGGGCUUAGAAGGGUGCAAUUUUUUUCUUUUUCUCUUUCUUUUUUGCUUUUUUUCAUUUCCGUCAAGUGACAGAAUGCGCCACAGAUUGCUGUCAGCCUUAUGAGCUGUUGUGUAGGGCAAGGCCAACACCAUACCCCUCAACAGAACAUAAUCAGUAUGCCUGUCUGCUCUGUAUGGGUUCUUGGAGCGUACCAACGGAGGAGGGGGGCUUAGGAGGGCACAAGUUUUUUUUCCCUCUUUCCUUUUUACUUUUUUUUGUCCUUUCCGUCAAGCGAUAGCAUGCGCCACAGAUUGCUGGCAGCCUUGUGCAAAAGCUGUUCUGGAGGGCAAGGCCAACCCCAUACCCCUCACUAUAAUCAGUAUGCCUUGUCUGCUGUAUGGUUCUUCUUGCAUUUUUUUCUCUUUUUCUUUUCCCCAUUCUCUCAGGUAAUCUAUGUGCCACUGUGAUCUGAGUUCAGGGGGAGCUCCCACGGGAUUGCGCAUGUUGUUCCUCUGAAUAGAACACCGGGUCGUUACAUUCAGUCAGAGCUUCAGAAUGA